AGAGCUGGCUGAGUCAGCCUGCACCUCAAGUGUCACUUACUGGUUUUUUCUCUUCAUUUUAWAUGUGGCAAACAGGUCGACUUUGAUGUCAGACAAACUAUGUUACAACACCCAAGUGACAAGUUGAAAGGGGGAUCUUCAGCUGGGUGAAAAUGCUGAAAUAUUGACAAGAAGAUGUAUGAACCACGAUACGAUAGCCCUCCUGUAUACAGCCCACCUUACAGCACCACCUCUAACAGCUUUUACCCUCCAACGGGUGUGAAGUCUCCCCAGAGCCAACAUGUACCUUACUCUCCCAAACUUUCUCCUGAUGCUUACUACCUGGAAGGACAACCUCAACACUUCUACCGCUGGUUCUCUGCUCCGGCUUUCGUCAAGACCUUCCAAGGAGCCACAGUUCUCAUGUGUUUCAUCAUCUUUGCUUGUGUAGCUUCAACCUUGGUAUGGGACAUGAAUGGUUUUGGGUAUGGAGGUUACAUUGUAGGUAACCUAGGAUCUGUUGGAGGAGUAGGUUCUGGAUAUUAUGGAGGCAGCUAUGGCUAUGGCAGCUCCUAUAUGACACCACAGUCGGCUAAAGCAGCAAUGAUUUCGAUGGCUGCCGUCAACUUCCUAGUUUCACUUGGGUUCCUGGUGGCAAGUUUCUCUCGAUCCAGAAUGAUUCGGAGUUGCAGGUUUUACCUCACCGUUUUCAUCAGUAACAUCAUUCAGGCCGUGCUGCAGGGCAUUAUUGACAUCAUCUUUGUCAUUGGAGUGAACCCGAUGUCUCAGAGCUCACAGAGCAUGCUGUAUAACCCCAUGCUGAAUAUGUGUCAGAGCAUCCAAGGCAGUCCCAGCCUCAGUGGCAGUGUGGGGGCCGGUUUUCCUGGUGGGUUUCCAAUGUAUAAUCAAUAUCUGCAUCACUACUGCUUCAUGGACCCCGAAGAGGCAGUGGCGUUUGUAUUGGGUAUGAUGGUGGUACUGGUCUUGUCUCUCUCUGCUUACUAUGCCUACAAGACCCGCAGCAAGAUUUGGCGCCAUGGAAAAUCGAACAUCUUCUGGGAUGAACCAAUGACGAGGCUGGUGGAGGGGCAGAACGUCCAGGACUGGGUGAACCAUGUUGGAGAGGAGCGCAGCACCCAGCAGGCCCCAACUGUUGUUGUAUCUGAGAGGGCGGUGCCUGACCUGAGGGCGGAGAACAGUGUGGURUCCUACGCCUACAAACCUGUCCACAGUGAGGGCUGUUAUAAAAGCAACAGCAGCUCAUCCAAGGCUCACAGUGUCCAGAAACUGUCUUCUCACAUGAAGAGGGAACAGAAGGACGAUGAGUCCAUUCCUGCUGGUCACACCAUGGUCCAGUCUCAAAAUGAGACUGGUUAUACAUCAGAAGACACUGGCAAUAAGUUGGACCAAGACCAUACAGAUUCUCUCUACAGGGUGUGGCAGAUGAAUUUAAUCGACUUAAGGAACUUAAAAAGAUGCCAGAUUAUCAAGACAAGAAGAGARGGAGCAAAGAACUACGGAAAAAACUUUUCCACAUAAAACACAUGAUAAAAAUCUARGACCAAGGUUUUUGUUAAACUAUCCAAAUCCUGUCGUCACACAUCCUUCACCUCUUCUUCAAAGCUGAGACACAAGAGAAAAUAAACAGAUAAAAAUAACUUUAACAAAAAAGACAUCUGAUAAAUGAUCAACUACAAUCACUGUAACACACUGUGUAGCACAAGACAUGUUUAUUAUUGACUUAAAAGGUUACUAUUCAAUUUUAAAAUGAUGCAGCAUUAUUUAUUUAAAAAGUUGUAUAGUUUUCAGUUAGUAAUGACGUGUAAGACUUUGGGGAUUUUAUAGAAAUAUUUCUCCAUAAGAUGUAAAAGUAAAAUUGUAAAAGUGUCUUCCUCUUUUCUGUACAUUUAAGUUUAUACAUAGUUCAAAGGCUGAUGUUUAUCACAGACAGGACAGGUUGGAAGAGUACUGUGGUUCAGAAAAACUUAGAAAUGGGAAGAACCGAAAAAUUACGGAAGAGCGGCCAUUUUCUGCUUAUAAUUAUUUUAAAUGGUUUUCCCGUGCUAAUAAUGAGUUAUGGUUUUCCUACCAUGGAGACAGCCUGAUCCCCUCUGCUGGUGACCGAUAAAGAUUAUUAUUAUCAUCAUCAUCAUCAUCAUCAUCAUCAUCAUCAUCAUCACUGUGUAAACGCCUGCUGAGCUGCAGUCAGGUCAGAUGUCUUUAAAUGAUGAGAGCUGAUGUGAAAGUUAUCUGUACAACACAAACAAAUCGCAAUUUGAGCCUGAUGAAACAAAGAUUACACAAAAUUAUGAACAAUUAAUCCAGCCAAUCCUUGCAAGAGAUCUGAGAUCUCAAUGGGAUUUGCCUGAUGUACGAACGA